AUGGAAGCAAUAAACUGUAUCACCAUUAACUGUACCCAAGACAACAAGAUCUUAUAUUUGAACAUUCUAGUAAACAAUAACAUGAGAGCACUAGUUAUAGACAUACUAUUUGUAGGCGUCGGUACAUUGGUAUCUUUGUUCGGAAUAGUUGCCAACAUGAUCAGCGUUGUCGUAUAUGUGAAACAAGGCGUCAACGACAGCGCCACAGUUCAAUUCCUAAGUUUAUCUGCAUCUGACUGUGUAUUUUCAGUACUAGCAGCCAUGUCAUCUGUCAGCGUGUUCUUCGGCCGAGUCAGACCUUAUCUCACCCCAGUGGAUCCAGUGUCUUUCUCUUACUGUGUGGCUAUUACACGAGAGAAGGCGUAUUCCACAUCGGUCAUUAUCAUUUUUAUGAUGUCCAUUGAGAGAUGUUUCUGCGUGGCUUUUCCUUUCACCGUAAAACGUAUUUUCUCAAAAUCGCGGUCUGUUAAAGCCAUUGUUUGUGUGUUUAGUAUUUUCGUGGUGUUUUUAAUACCGGAAUACCUGACCAUCGGUUUGGUUUGGACUUAUGAUAACAAGGCGAACUCAACCCGGUUAAUGUUCUGGUCGUCUAGAGAUAAAGCCGUCAUAGACGUGUGGAAGAACAUCAUUCUUUCUGGCAUGCUACCAGUGGUUUCUGGUAUCACCACUACAAUAUGUACUGCAUAUAUGAUAUCGACAAUAAGAGCAUCCAACACAUUUCGCCAUAGUGGCAUCACAGGACGUCACAGUUCCGUAAAGAUAACCGAAGUUAAUAACGGAGUGAAAUCAUCCUUAGAAAAACCCAGCGCUCAGAACAAAGACGUAAGGUUGACACGGACGGUAAUCGCAGUGGCUGCGGUUUUUAUAAUAUGCAACAUACCGAAAUGUAUCGUUAUUUCGUCGUCAGUUGUGGGGCUGUUUGUUCCAGAUUUUAGCCUAGUGAUUACUGGCCGCUACGAUAACUUAAUCUCUGUACUUCUGACGAUAACAUUCGUCUUUGAAAUCAUCAACAGCUCUUCAACGUUUUUGAUUUAUUAUGCAUUCAGUACCAAGUUUAAAACAUCUGUCGAUCAUAUUUGUAAAGGCUGUUUUUAA